ACCAGACUCCUGUCACACACCUCACACACAGAAAGGCCGCACAUAAGUGCAGAAAUGAGGACCAGUGUCUUCGCAUCCUGCUUGUUGUCCACAGUUCUGCUGGCAGUGUCUAUCCCAUCUGCUGCAGGACACAGACUUCACUUGGGCAGCUGUGCCAUCAACAUUCAGGUCCAUGAGCUGAGAGAAUACUUCAACGAGAUCCGACAAACUAUUGUCAGGGAAGAUGACCACAUGGGUGUCAGGCUACUGAUGGAGCAGACAAUGAAUGUGCAGCCCGCCGAGAGCUGCUGUUUCCUGCGCCAUCUGCUGCGGUUCUACGUGGAGAACGUGUUCAGCCACUACAGCGCCAGCAGCGCUCAGGUGCGCCGGAGGACCAGCAGCCUGGCCAACUCCUUCCUGAGCAUCAAGAGAGACCUGCGCCAGUGUCACACUCACAAGCACUGCCAGUGUGAGGAGGAGACCCAGCUGAAAAUUAAAACCAUCCAGACUGCCUUUGACAAGAUGAAUAUCAAGGUUGCAUCAGUGAAGGCCAUCGGAGAGCUGGACUUCCUGCUGGACUGGCUGGAGAAGUUUCACCACAAUUGAGAGGAUUGGGCAUCUGAGCCACAGCUCGGACCUCCGCCAAUGACAACAUGUACCUAGGGGCUAAAAUAAAUCACAGAUUAACAUAGAUUUAAAGAGACCUCUAACACUGUGAUCUAUAGUGGAUCCAGUAGGAAUGUACAGUAUUACAUAUAUUAUGUGUUUAUUAGUACCAGCAUAUGCACAGUUUGUCCAUGACAGUGGUUUGAAUAUGAACAUUCAGGUUGAUUUUUUGCAGUUAUUCCAGGAAGAAUUUUGGAACCUGCAAUGCCAAAGUUAGUUUGAGCCCCCAGUAUUUAAUUUAGACAUAUAUCUGUGAGAACCUGAUAUAAUGUCAGUAAACUGUAGAUGUCUGUAACCCAC